UCUCCUAACCAGUGGCCACAGCCUGACAAGCCCCUGACCAUGCGUAUAUAAGGAGCCACCGGGGACGAGCAUCGUCAGGCCAGUGUCAGGUGCAUUCAGCUCCAGUACCGCCUCCAGACCUCACCACCGCCAGCCACCAUGUCUCUGAUGAAGAAUGAGAGAGCUAUCAUCUUGUCCAUGUGGGAGAAGAUGGCGCCUCAGGCCGAACCCAUUGGCACUGAGACUCUGGAGAGGCUCUUCCUCAGCUACCCCCAGACGAAGACCUACUUCCCGCACUUCGACCUGCACCACGGGUCACAGCAGUUGCGUGCCCACGGCUCCAAGAUCUUGGCCGCUGUGGGUGACGCGGUUAAGAACAUCGACAACCUCUCAGGUGCUUUGACUAAGCUGAGCGAGCUGCACGCCUACAUCCUGCGUGUGGAUCCGGUCAACUUCAAGCUCCUGUCCCACUGUCUGCUGGUCACAAUGGCUGCUCGCUUUCCGGCCGACUUCUCUCCUGAGGUCCACGAAGCCUGGGACAAGUUCAUGUCCAUCCUGUCUUCCAUCCUGACUGAGAAGUACCGCUAAGCAACCCCUCCAGGACCCCCAA